UUCAUGAGCCAGUCUGAAUCAAAACUAAACAUCGAAAUGACCCUUGUGAGACAGCUCUUGGUUUGUUAUGACAGGCUGAUUUUAUUUGUUUGUCAUAUUCUCAAUGGUAAAGUGGCAGCUAAACAGAUCAGAUUAGGCCUGAUCACGCACAUUCAACACUAUUUGUCUGUAUUUGCUUUAGGACCGAGGCGAGCUGGAGGUGUAAUCUGAAGCCUUUGUUGUAUUGGUUCACUGCAGUACUUCAGUUUUCGACAUGCACGUGAGCUGCGUCUCUCUGCCCACGGACACUCACAAUCGCGCAAGUCUUUGACAUUUUCAGCUCAUGCAUGAAGCCAAUUGCCUUUUGCUCAGUUCGGACCGGCUGAUACUUCAAUACCGCAUUGCACUGGGGGGCUUUUAUUUAGCUAAAAGCUCCUUUUUGACCUCUGCUCUUCGUUUGGCACGCAGAUCGCUCGGUACCUUCUUCCGCGCGGUGCGCUGAGGGCUUUCUUCGUGCCAAUGCCUCUCCUUUCGUGACUGCGCGUGGACAUAAUGAUCAUGGGACAGCGCGGGUGCCGCUCGGGCUGGACCCGGGCGCGAUGCCAGGACAGUGGGGUCGAUCCCGAACGCGAGCGGCUAUGGGCCGAGCUCUUCGAGCAGCUGGAUUUGAACAAGGACGGACGGAUCGAUGUGAACGAGCUGCGGAUCGGACUCGCCGCACGCGGGAUGUCCUGGAGCUCGGUGGAGGAGAUUGUACGAGCUGGAGACACCAAUCAUGAUGGUCAGUUGGAUUUUGAAGAGUUCAUCGAGUAUCUGCGUUCACAUGAGAAACGUCUUAGACUCAUGUUUCGCAGCUUGGACCGCAACAAUGAUGGUGAAGUUGAUGCCGGAGAGAUCCAGCAAUCACUACAUAAUCUCGGAGUGGAUGUUACUGUAGAACAGGCUGCCAAAAUACUGGAAAGUAUGGAUAAAGACCGUUCCAUGACUAUUGACUGGGUUGAGUGGAGAGAUCACUUCCUGUUCAACCCUCUGGACAACAUGGAGGAAAUUGCACAGUACUGGAAACACUCAGUGAUGUUGGAUAUCGGAGAGCUUUUAACUGUUCCAGAUGAAUUCUCAGAGAAGGAGAGGCAGUCUGGGUUUGUGUGGCGGCAGCUGAUGGCGGGGGCCGUGGCGGGGUCUGUAUCCAGAACGGGUACCGCGCCACUUGACCGACUCAAAGUGUUUCUGCAGGUGCAUGGCCAGAGCUCUGAUAAAGGAAAUGUUUGGCGUGGUCUUCGAGCGAUGGUGAAGGAGGGGGGGCUCACUGCGCUGUGGAGGGGCAACGGCAUCAAUGUGCUGAAGAUUGCUCCAGAGACGGCCAUCAAAUUCCUCGCUUAUGAACAGAUUAAGCGGCUAAUGAGAGGUAGUAAGGAUGGAGGAACUCUAAAAGUUCAGGAGAGAUUUGUCGCUGGAUCGCUGGCUGGAGCCACAGCUCAAACUAUUAUAUACCCUAUGGAGGUGCUGAAGACACGUCUAACUCUACGUAAAACAGGGCAGUAUUCGAGUAUGCUGGACUGUGCGAAGCAGAUUCUGCAGAAGGAAGGCGUUCUGGCGUUUUAUAAAGGAUAUCUACCCAACAUUCUGGGCAUCAUCCCUUAUGCGGGCAUAGACCUCGCCGUCUAUGAGACGUUGAAGAACGCGUGGCUGCAGCGGAAAACGGAGGGGUCGGCUGACCCGGGCGUUCUUGUACUAGUGGGUUGUGGCACUGUCUCCAGCACCUGUGGACAGCUGGCAUCAUACCCGCUCGCCCUCAUCAGAACACGCAUGCAGGCUCAGGCAUCAAUGAAAGGUGCUCCUCAGCUGUCCAUGUUGACUCUCUUCAGGAAUAUUGUAGCUCAGGAGGGUGUGGUGGGACUCUACCGAGGCAUCGCUCCAAACUUCCUCAAGGUUAUUCCAGCUGUCAGCAUCUCCUACGUCGUCUAUGAAAACAUGAGGAAAGUACUAGGAGUGGGAACCUGAGAGAGAUAGACAGACAGGCCAAGUGUGUUUGCAGAAAAAAAAAUAUUUUAUUGUUGAAAGAAGGGCAAGAAAAGACAAUAGGACUAAUUUAUGAACGUCUAAAGACAUAUCAGAUCACUGACAGCAUGAGAGAAGGGUUGAAGUGCGUUUUCCACUGUCGCUCUUCCUGAGAGCAAAACCAGUGACAGACUGAGAACGACUCUAUAACAGACUGAUAUUAAAACAGAAGUAUGCACAAUCUGAGAGGAGCUCUCGACUCAUUCCUCAGUCACAGAGAUUCAUUUCUUUAUUUAUGUGUUUAUUUGUGUUGUUGGUCAACAGGGGCCUGAUAUUCAAGUAUACGGGGUAAGCUUGUGUGUGUAAGCAUGUGCUGUACUGUAUCACGUGUGAUUUUAACCCCGUGCACAAGCUACUGAUCGAACCAAUGAUCUGUUCUAAAAAACCAACUGACAUGUUAUGACAUGUCAAUUGACAUGGGAAUGGACAAUAAACUAAUUUGUGUUUGCCUUCCCCUUCCUCCCAUGAAGUGACAGUGAAUCUCAAAAAGUGCCUCUUUUCGAGAAACACAAAGAGGACCAGUGCUCCAAUAUUACGGCCCCCUACUGUUGAAUGCUGUAUUCAAACCCCUGUGUGCACCAAAAUUCAUCUAGAGUUCGAGAAUUCUCAACUGAAGAUUAUAAAUUCGGGUUUUAAUGAUUCCAAAAGCUGCUCUGCAUACUAUCCAUCCUAAAUAGUAGGAGAGCUAAAAAUUAGUGCGUCCCAAAUCACAGGGAUUCACUCAGGAAACACAAGCACAACCAAUUUCAAUGAAAAUCGCUCAUAAAACCAUUCUUGGGUAAAUUGUUGCAUUGACUUGAAUGUGACUAUUCAUGGAAGAAUGGUUUUACAAACUAUUAACACAGAAGUUUUUCUUGUGUUUUAUGAGUGAGGCUCAUAGUAGCUUACAAUUAGCAUGCAUCUAUGCAUGCUUUUUCGGCUAACAUUUCCCACAACCCAUUUCGCUACGGUUUGUGACAGUUUUCUUUCCACUUUUUCAGGUGAAGAAAUGUGCCAAAGGAAUAUGAGACCAGAUGUGCAACAGCAGUUUUUAAAUGUGAACAUAAAUUGAAGUAAUAGUUAAUUUAUUAAGGUGCACCACGAGUUUUUGCUCGUGUCAUCUUGGACUUACAGUGACACCUAGUGGUGUGGAUGCAGUAUUAUUCAAAAUCAAUAGUUUUCAGUUACAGAUGCCAUUGUAGAAAUUCACUAUUCACAAUCAGCCAUGAUUAAUUUAAUCCAAAGAGUGAAAGUGUCCAAUAACAAGACGGUUACUAAGAUUAAGCGAGUAGUAUAAAGCUGGUCAUGUGAUUCUAAAAUGGCAGCCCCCAUGAGGGCGCCCCUCCCCAUGUAGAAUAAAACAGCUUUUAUAAGGUUACUGAUAUGACUAGAGUCCUCAUCUCAUGUGAGUGCUCAUUAUUUAUUACAUAGGUUUCAAAAUUACAAUUCAUUUCUUUAAGAGUGAAAAUUUUUUAAUGGGGAAAAACUUACCGAGUGCACCUUUAAGGUAGCAAAUUUAACUAGAUGCUAAUGCUAUUAUGCAAACGCAAACCAUGUGCAACAAAGGGGUCUGUGGUAUCAAGACAUCAUUUUAUGACAUGGUAGUGUGUUGCAAUAUUGGCAUACUGUUUUUCUACACUUAAAGUGCAUACUUUGCGAAUGUGAAUUGUAAUGCAGACCUUAAGUUCUUUUUGCAUAGCUAGUCAAUGCAGUACUGUUUCAUCUGGAGUAUAAAGUUUUAUGGACAGGAAAGUUUAUGUGUGGUUUGAAUUCAUGAUUUCUGUGAUCAUUAGAACAACAACAACAACAACAAAACUUUUAUUAGGGUCGAUUUUAGGUCAAUGUGCUGAUGCUCAUUUUUAAGGUUUCUGUAUACAGACAUAAAUACGGUUCUUAUUUUGAUGUAAACAAAACCACUGUAUGAUCACUAUCUAUCUUUGCUGCUCUUCAGUGUAUUUUUUUGUCCCUUUAAAAACAAACCACAGCCUGUUAUUGAAUGCAUGCAAAGAAUGCAUGUAUAUUAAAUUAUCAAAUUAAACUGUAUAGUGUCUUGAUUUUAUGUUUUAUUGAGCUCAGCUAGAAAAGGCCUUGUUCGUUUGCAGUCUGAUGGACAAAU